CACCUACAAUACCUAGUACAGAUGUCGUGGAAUGAAGACACUCGCUCUGAUCUAGUCUCCAUCGGCACCCACCGAUUAUUCCUCUCUGCCUCAGGACCAACCCGCGAAACAAUAGACGGCCAUCUUCAACCGGCCGUCAUCAUCGAAGCCGGUCUAGCCAGCUCCCACUGCGAAUGGGUCGCGGUGCAGCGUCUACUCGCCGAGUCAGUACGGGUAUAUUCGUACGAUCGGGCAGGCUACGGACUUAGCGAGGAGUCUCCAGACCCAGUGAGCGUGACGAACCGAGUACGAGAACUGACGCUGCUGCUGAAAACUGCAGAGAUCGCACCACCGUAUAUUCUCGUCGGACAUUCCUAUGGCGGGGUGCUUAUUCGAGAGUUCCUGCGUCAACAUGGUCCUCAAGACGUGGCGGGGAUGGUGAUUGUUGAUUCCUCACGCGAAAGAACUCCCUUACCACCCGGUGUUGGAACGCUGGUUGGAGACGGGGAGGCCAGUUAUAUGGCAAUCGUGGGGUUGGAUGCCAGCCACGUCCUCACGGCUGAGGAGUAUCAAGCUGUCAAAGACGAGGAAGAGCGAAACGCACCCACUGCUAACGCGGAGGACCAGCUCAGCGAAGCAGGCAGACGAGAGGUGAAUGAAGCGUUACCGAUCGGAAUGCAGGCUCUAGAAGACAGUCCGUUGAGUGUCAUCUUCGGCAACGAGUCGGUGGAUUUUCGCAAGAUAUAUGACUUUUCAGUUGCCCAUGGAACAGGGACAGAGGAAGCCAGACAGCGGUUGGCUGUGAGACUGGAGGAUAUGGAACAACUCGACGAACAGGGUCAACGCGACCAUCUGAGCCUGUCGAGUCGCAGUCGGUUUGUGUAUGCCGAAGGAAAAGCCAGGACGCAUAAUAUACAGCUGGUGGCGCCGGAGUUGAUUCGCGAUGAGGUGUUGUGGGUGAAUAGCUUAGUAUAGUACUUAUCCUUAUAUAGGUAGAAGUAUAAGAGUUUUUGG